GUAUCAAUAGCAUCAACGAAUGAGUGUCCAGCUGUUUUGAAUGGAAAUCUGUCAACCAUUUUGCACAUGUAUUUAGACAAAAAUAUUCGACUGAGUAUGCAAACAUGAUAUUGAGUUUGAAUUUGUAGAAGUGAUUAUUGUUAUUAUUGCGUUAACUCUUUUUAGCACAUAUAAAUUUUGGCAGUUGGUAUUAGAAUUUGCCGGUAGGUUACAGGUUGUUCAAAACUUUAAUUUAGAAAAAUGAUUGGCUAUUCCUUAUUAUUGCUGAUUGCCGGCAUUUUGGACUUCCUAACGGUUUGCAACGGACAGUACAGCGGUGUAACAAACAGCUUGACGCCUGACGAACUGAAUUACCUGCAGCAAUACACGCUACAGCAACAAGCCGCGCAGGGCAUCUAUCAACAGCAACUGCUUAGCGGCGUUGGAUCGCCUCCGUUAACAUCGUACACCCCGACUUACAAUAAUUAUCAGAACUAUCCCACUUCUGGUAGUUACCCGAACGUGGUGGUGGGAGUGCCGGUCUCGGGCGGAUCGUACGCCAAUAAUUAUCCCUACUCCACAUCGAAUUAUCCUUAUUAUCAGUAUCCUUACACCGGCUAGAAAGAGAGCUUCUUAUCUGGCUAUCAAGUACAUAUUGCUGGAUUGCUGACCCAAUCCAUUAUUAAUUACUCGUAACUCGUAGUUGGAAAUUUCUGCUGUUCUCAAUAAUUAUAUUAAUUUACCUUUCUCCGCAUGAGUUGUGCACUGCAAUCGUCAUAUGUUGCUCCGUUUAAGUUAUGUUCAGGAGCCAGACCAACUGCUUGGCAUACAAAACAUGGCAAAAAAAUGUAUGCUGUUUUACAAAUGUAUGCUGGUUUAAAAACCAAAGUAUGCUGUUUUUCGUGAAACAUGUCCAUUAGA